AGAGAACCCUAAGAGAGUAGAGUUGAGGAGGCGAAGAACUACAGAGCUAGGGUUAGGGCUUAUAGAAAAUGACGUUCAAGCGCAGGAACGGUGGCCGCAACAAGCAUGGCCGUGGCCAUGUGAACUUCAUCCGCUGCUCCAACUGCGGCAAGUGCUGCCCUAAGGAUAAGGCUAUCAAGAGGUUUCUUGUGAGGAACAUUGUUGAACAAGCAGCGGUUAGGGAUGUUCAAGAAGCCUGUGUUUAUGACGGUUAUACGCUUCCCAAGCUGUACGCCAAGAUGCAAUACUGCGUCUCCUGUGCGAUCCAUUCGCACGUUGUAAGGGUUCGUUCUCGCACUGACAGAAGAAAGAGGGAGCCACCUCAGCGAUUUAGGCGCCGGGAAGACAUGCCAAAGCCUGGGCAAGCCCCACGCCCAGCUGGAGCUGCAAAUCCUGGGCGCGUUUGAAAGCUU